AUGCUGGAAGAUGACGCCGCCGUGGACGCGGAUAGCCUCGUCGGCCAGGACCCGAGGUCGGGGGCGCGGCCAAGCGGCGGUGAGCGCGACUGGGCGGCGUCCGUGCUGGAGCCGGUGCGGUGGAUGCGGAUGCUGUGCCGGGAGCUGGGCGCGACGUUCGUGGCUGGGGUGGUGCUGGUGUACGGCCUCAGCCAGGGCUUCGCCGGCUCCUUCUUCCGAGUGGCGUCGGGCUAG